AUUUUCAGAACAUUCCCAAUUUACAAAAACGUCCAUCUUAGUUGUUUUCGUCUAGUAAACAAACUAGCAGGAAUUUCUCAUGAUGCAAGAUCUCCUAAUACAAGACAAUGAAAAACAUUAGCUCAUUCCAAACACACCACGCCAAGAAACAAAGUUAUAUCUCUUAGUAUUGGAUCUCAUCUUUGGUAACAUACACUGGCAACCAGGGAUUCAACACCGGACAAGAGCUUGAUCUAUCAAACAUACUUGUGGCAGCAAGCAUAAGGUGAAAGGAUCUUUAAUGAUCUCGGCCUAUGUACUGGAUGGCAGCUCUAGGGCAUUCAGCUCUGUGCGGAUGUCCUUAGCUGAGAUCCGCCCGGUGUUGUCUGUUGACGACAACGAGCGGAUCGUCAGGAGUCCUGCUCGUCGCCUGGCCGUUGAAGGAUUUCAACGAAAUCCAAGGAAGGUGGAAUUUCUUGUCAAGAAGUAUAUUUUCGAGAACUGGGAGGAUAAGGAGAAGGUGUCUGCCAGUGGGGUAUCGAAAGAACGCUUUGGAACUGAGCUUGGGGAGCUCUACCUGCGCCUUGGUAAGUAUAAACUACGUUACAUUCGGUAGUAGAAAUAUAUAUAAGAG